GUUUGCGCAUUUCGUUAAUCUCCGCUCUCAAAAAUCCCACGCUCUCUUCUUCUAACAAACAGCUCGAUCUUCCUCUUCAAGAUUCAAAAAUCAAGAAUAUCAAGAAAUCAAGAUUCGAGAGAGAGAAUUCUCCAAAACCCAAAUCUCAUUCUCCUCAUCUUCGCGUUUGGUAGGCGAGCUCGAUCGGUACGUAUCAAUCUUACCAUUUUCCCUACAUUGCCCACAAUCCAUUUGUGUUUUUUCCUCGAAAAUAAUCUCUUCCUGUUAGAGAGAGCCUCUGCUGUUAUGCACGUGCAACCCCAACUAGCUCUAGCGCAUGGCACGUAAGAAGAACAAAACGAAGCCGCCUGCCGCACCCCCGAAAAAACCACCACCAGCCCCACCCGGCCUCACCUCUUCCGUCCAAGAUGAGCCUUCCAAUCAACCCAAACCAACCACCACCACCCCAAUUCCCGACUCUGUCAAGAGCGAGUGUGAGCAGGCCCUCAACGCACAAGAAGAGCGGCGGAAGGAGAUGAGGCUCCUGCAGCAGAAACUGUAUGCACCAAAUCCCCAGCAAGAUGAUGAUCGAAUCUCCCUUGAAUCUUUGUCUGGGCCUAAAAUAAAACUGGCCAACAAGCGGAAGAAUGCAGAACUUCAGAAGAUGACUACUGACUGGCUCCAAAGGAUUACUUCAGUUCGAAAGUAUUGGAACUCGUUGAGUGUCGAGAAGAGACGGAGUUUUCUUGAAGUGAGUUUCCACGAUCUCUGGGCCCGCUACUCCUCAGAAGAAGAUGUGUUAGCAUUAGGUGUGCUUUCGGAAGCUCUCUCAUAUGCCGAGCAUAAAAAGACCUUGAAGUUCUGGGUAUGCUGUUGUUGCAGUUCGGAAUUCAAGGACUGCGAAUCCCACAAGCAGCAUGUGUUGGCGCAUAUUAGCAACCUGGAAGCGAAUUUUCAGGGAGUCCUGCCAAAAGAGGUGGACAGUAGCUCGGUAGAUAUGAUUCUCAAUGGUUGUUGGAAACCAGUCGAUCUCAAUGCAGCUAUGAAAAUUCUCGAAAAUCAGGCGACACGCCAAUCUCUCACAACAGCUGACACCAUCAACCAAAGAUGGCCAUUGGUUAAUGAUCCCAAACGUGCCAAACACCUUGAAAGUAUUCAGUUCAUGUUUCAGUUGCUUCUAAAGAAUAAGUGUCUUGCUGAUGUUCACGUUCAGACCGCGAUACAAGCAGCCAUGGGUGAGCUCGAGAACCUUGCGCCAGGUUUGGAAUUGAUAGAUCAUGGGCUGGAUAAAACACCUGCUUGUAUUUGCUUCUUGGGUGCAGACAUGCUUCCGAAUAUAUUCCUCUACUUGCACAGACUCUCGAAUUUGUGUAAGUUAGGCAAAGACUCUGAGAAGACCACCUCAGUAGAUGAUACCCAGGGUGUCGACGCUCUGGUGAGUGAUGUUCUAGAGGGGAUUACUCUCAGUGACGAUUCACAUCAUCUCAUGUUGAAUGAGUUUUUGUUGACAACCGUGACUGUUUCUAAUAAAGCUGAAAAUGCUACUCUCGGUCAAGAUGGAGGGCCAGAUAAGGAUGAAUUUUUAUACUGGAUGUUUCGCCCUUCUUCGACUGAUGUAGAACCUGUAUCAUGGACUUGUAAGAGGGAAGACAGGGGCCGUCGGCGAAUGGAGAUUUUUGAAAAGCUAAAGAUGGAGAUUUAUCUCUUACGGACCCUCUGCCAAGAUAAAUUUACGCAUAAGUGCUAUAUCGAGGCUUGUUGUACUCUUUCACGUCUCUGUGAUGAAGAAAUUAGGAAAAGGGAUUACUCUGUGGGAUAUGUCGCUCAAAGUUUGGAGUCUCUCUUGAGGAAGCGGUACGAAGAGAUUGCGGUGAGAGAAGAUGAUCCAGUGUACGAGCGGACUGCUAUUUCAUUUGUUCUUGAAGAAUAUCAGGCUUCGAAUGUUACGUCCAGCAACAGGGAGGAUUUGAGAAUGCAGGACAACCUGGAUCAAGCUGACGACAGAUUAUUAGACGUAAUCGAAAAUCAAAAGCAGCCUUCAUAUAAGGAGAUGGGCAACUAUGAUGCAAUGAUCAUGCAGAAGCUUGCUGCCAUGCAGCAGUUGGAACGUGAGCUUGAGGCCAUCUCUGCCAUUGAUUACCGGGGAAUUAUGUUAUUCCUAGUGAAGAAGUUAUUGCGGGUCUGUAUUGAUUUAGUUUAAUCGCUUCAUUGAGGUUGAGUUUAAAUGUUGUUGGUGGUUAUCUUCCUUU